CUACGAUGAACGACUCUGAUUUAAGAGUUAAAGGCUUAUAAGCUAUGUCUGAUCAAAAUCAGAGGGAAAAUGUCUUCCCGACAAGACAGUCACUGGGUAUUAUGAAAACUAAGCUGAAAGGAGCUGUUACAGGACAUUCAUUGCUUAAAAGAAAAUCAGAAGCUCUUACUAAACGAUUUAGAACAAUUACUAAGUUAAUUGAUGAUGCAAAGAGGGAAAUGGUACAAGUUAUGCAGCUGGCAGCUUUCUCAUUAGCAGAGAUGAAUUAUGUAAUGGGAGAUGAUGUUAAAUAUCAGAUUCUUGAAAAUACGCAAACAUCAUGUUGCCGCUUAAAAACGAGAUAUGAAAAUAUUAGCGGUGUAUUUUUGCCUAUUUAUGAAUGUUCUAUGGAAGAUAUGAAUGACCAUCGGUUUGUUGGGCUUGGAAAAGGUGGACAAAAAGUUCGGAAAUGUCAGGAGAUGUAUGUUAAAGUGAUUGAUGUUAUUGUUAGACUUGCUUCUCUGCAGACAACUUUUAUUAUUCUUGAUGAUGUUAUUAAAGUAACGAAUCGCCGCGUUAAUGCUGUUGAAUAUGUUAUUAUUCCAAAGGUUGAAAAUACAAUUAAAUAUAUUAAUUCGGAACUUGAAGAACUUGAACGAGAAGAUUUUACAAGACUUAAAAAGGUUCAGGUUAAGAAAAAGUUAGAUAUUGAAAAGGAAAAUCGGGAAAAAGAUAAAAUGGAAAAUGUCGUAAUAAUGAACGUUCUUGAAAGUAAUGAAGAUACCGACAUUAUUUUUUAAAUAUUUUUAUAAUUUCUAUAAAAUUAUAGCACAUUCAUUUAUACAU